AGCAGCUAGCGGCGCCGACCGAUCGAUCGCUCGGUGUAUAGCUGUGUAGAUACCGGCCACCACCACCACGACGGCACCAAUUCGUUCGCUCGCCUCUGCUUUUCUAGGUCGAUAUAUAUUGUGUGACGACACACUCUCCCUCUUAUCCUUUCCGGCCACCGCGCCCGGCCUCCACUACUAAUACUUGCUACGGCGAGCUCUGCGGCGUGGUAGCUAGCUAGCCCUAGACGUAGCGGGCGGAUGCAUAUGAGGAGGGGGAGGGCGGCGGGAGGAGAAGCGGAAGCGGCGGCGGCGGUGAUGAGCAGGUACGAGAACAGCGGCCAUGUGGUGGCGGCGGGGGGAGGAGGUAAUAAGGCGGCGGCGGGGGAGGAAGACGGGCAUGAGGAUGACCUGGUGAUGCCGGGGUUCAGGUUCCACCCGACGGAGGAGGAGCUGAUCGAGUUCUACCUCCGGCGGAAGGUGGAGGGCAAGCGCUUCAACGUCGAGCUCAUCACCUUCCUCGACCUCUACCGCUACGACCCCUGGGAGCUCCCCGCAAUGGCGGCGAUUGGGGAGAAGGAGUGGUUCUUCUACGUGCCGAGGGACCGCAAGUACCGGAACGGCGACCGGCCGAACCGGGUGACGGCGUCGGGGUACUGGAAGGCGACGGGCGCCGACCGGAUGAUCCGCGCCGAGAACAACCGCCCCAUCGGCCUCAAGAAGACGCUCGUCUUCUACUCCGGCAAGGCGCCCAAGGGCGUCCGCAGCAGCUGGAUCAUGAACGAGUAUCGCCUUCCCCCCGCCGACACCGACCGCUACCACAAGACUGAGAUCUCGCUAUGCCGCGUCUACAAGCGCACCGGCAUCGACGACGGCCAUGGCCACAUCUGCACGGCGCGGUCGGCGCAGUCCCGCGGCCGCGGCGCGACAACACAGGACAACAAGCAAGGUUCCUCGUCGACGUCCACGCCGACGCCGCCUCCCACGCCGUCCAAACUCCACCUACUCAACGGCGAGUGCACGUCGCCGCCCGCCAUCGUCACGGACCACGUCCUGGUGCACAAGGCGCCUUCGCCGCGGCAGCAGCAGCAGCAGCAGCUCCGCGGCGGCGGCGGCGGCGGCGGCUACCUGCAGCAGCAGUCCUCGAUGGCGUCCGCCGCGCAGACGGCCGCCGUCGAUCAGCAACUCCAGCAAGACGUUGCCGCGGCAUUGUACCACCAGUAUUCUAAGAACACGAACAGCACCUUCGCCUCCACGUACUCGCUGCUCAACCUGGUGAGCGCGGCAUCCAUGGGCAGCUCCGCCGCGGCCAUUGAUGAGCUCAGCUCGCUGGUGGGCCACGACCAGCCGUCCUACCUUAACCCAGCCGGCAGCUACAGCCAAUUCAUUCCCCUGCCGACGACGCCGUCGUCGCAGCCAACGGCGCUCGGGACGAUGUCGCUCGCCGCCAUCUCCGACAAGAUCUGGGACUGGAAUAAUCCAACCCCCGAGGCGGGAAGCCGAGAUUACAGCGCCGCUGGAUUCAAGUGACGGCUAACGAAGCAGCAGCUAAGCUACAGUUCAUGCACGCGUGCAUGGCAUGGCAUGGCCAAGCUGCUUGCAUUCUGAUCCAACUGGUGCCUCCAUGUACUACCUCUCUCUCUCUCUCUCUCUCUCUCUCUCUCUCUCUGGUUCACAGUUAAUUCUGAGGAAACUGUCAGAGUAUUAUACCCUUGCUAGUUCUCAAUUAAUCCAUAGAUCAUGCCUUCUAAACUAGUGGUAAGUAUGAUCAGGACUACUUCAGGAUAGGUAAUUUGUAAUUCUCUCCGAGUAACGAUGAACUGCAUAUAAUAACCUUCCGUUGGUCGUUGUGACAGUCACACCAUUUACAUUUUACUACUCCAUUCACUUACCUUUUCAUCAUAGAGAUUAGAGAGUAUUAUACUCCAUCAGUGCCUCAGUGAUGAAUUAAUCAUGUAUACACUUGCAUGG